AUGAGAGAGGCAGCUACGUACAUGCGAGAGGCUUCUCCACUCAUCAUGUUUACAAACACAUCACGGAACAUGCUUCUACAGCCUUGCAAUACUUCCUCGGAUUUGGUACCGGAUCAGCUCUGUACUUUCUUCUGUAAAUGUGGAAGGCUAUUAGCGAUGGAUAAAAAGUCUUCUUUAAUCCUACCUCUUCUACACCGCACUUACCAAGAUUUGCCUCUUGCAGCCAACCUCGACGUUUGUGAAGCUUACCACGGUGGUUGCUCUCCAGAGGAUUAG